GUGACAGAUAGGGAACUCCAACUACUGUACACUACACAAGACCCAUGCCAGACAUUGACAAUUUGAUGCAAGAGUGGCUGCCUGAAAUUGAGGAACUUUUGAGGAAGGUGAAUCUACCCACAGCAGACAUUGACUGUGAUUAUGUUGACAUUAUUUGUGGAAUCCUGGACAUUCCUGUGUACAAGAACCAAAUUCACACACUUCACAUCCUGUUCAUACUCUACUCCGAAUUCAAAAACUCACAGCACUUUAAAUCUGUAGCAGAGGGCCAGAAAUCUGAAGCACCAUCUGCUUCACGAAUAGCAACUGCUGAUUUCAGGGGCGUAGCAAUCAUUUCAGAAGUGAGGGGAACAGAACGAUUACCGCAAGACGAACAUAAAUAUAUAAGGUAUAUUUUUAAGGCUCUCAAUCGAUUAAAAUCUUUUAUUGAAUUAAUUACAUGAUUGACCAGUGAAUUUUAACUUUUGCAUUUACACAUUUAGACAUUUGCUGUAUGAAAGACACAGCGUAAACACAUUUACCCUGUGAAAAAGUGUGGGGGACGAACUUUGGUUUUAUUGAAAGUGUGUGGGACAUUUCCCCAGCAUCCCCGCGUAUUCUACCCCCAUGGCUGAAUUAGAAAGACCCACUUUGGACUGAGGUUGCUUUUUCUUCCUCAUUGCUUGUUGGGCACGGCCUAUUUUCUAACAUCCUGUUUUGUUCUAAGCUGUUGCGCCACCAGUUGUGCUCUGUCAUAUUAAGACAUCUUACAUUGCAAAACUGAUGAAGACUAGCAUGAUCCACAUUGUGAUGUUUUAAUCACUAAAAUUGGAUUUUUAUAAAAAGUUAUUUCCUCAAACUGUAGACUUGAAAUGUGUUGUCAAAUAUAAUGUAUAAAGGUUGAUCAGAAUCAUCCAACUUCAACAAUAGUAAAGGAGCUCAGUCACAGGUGGGCAGCUUUUGGGUUGAUGAUGGUAACCCAAAGGUUACAAGCUUAAAAUCUACAGUUGUAAUGUUGACUACCAGAAUUUUAGGAGCCAUAUUUCUGAUUAGUAUUAUUUCAAUUUAUUAUUAUAAUUUUUUGUGUUCUUUAGACAUUUAAUGUUGUUUAUUUCUUUAUUCUAUACAACUGUAUAUAUUUCGUUUGCUUAUUGGAUAAUGUUUUUUGGUUAUUCUGUGCAUGUUCAUUAAGGUCAGCCAGAAGGAUGUGCAGAGUGUAGGUGCUGUUUUACAUAGUGAAGAGACGAAGUGUGGAAUAAUACAAGCUUUUGACCGUAAUCCUCAACAAAGUAAAGUAGAAAGUUGUCAAAGUAAGUCAAUGAAUAAGUUGUUGAAAAACUAAGUGGAUGCUGUGAAGAUGGAAGAAAUGUGAAUCUGUUAAGUAAUAAACAAGGAUAAAGAUUUCAUGGACUCCCGAGUGUGAAUGCUUAACCAAGACGGUAAGAAUUAAGGAUACGAGUCAAAACUUGGAAUAACUGGAUGUCUAUCACAUGGCCUUACAAGAAUAUAAACUAAAAAGCUAUAGACUUCUUAUAAAACAAUUGUGCCAUUUAACCCUUCCAUGCAGUUGACAAUCAAGUAACACUGCAGUACUUAGCGGGCCAAAUUGACCCGGAUCAUUAAAUCACAGUUCAGCAAUCACAAUUUGCAAAUUUCCCCCCAACAAUGAUAUUUAUCAUUAAUAACUAGACUAUAACUAAUUUACAAAU